AUGGAAAUGUCGCUUCUGUUUUUGUUAACAUUAGCGAUCACAACAGUUGUGAGUUAUGAACCACCUGAUUUAUAUCGCAUCCGAGAUGAAUUGACUAUUUCUGUGCACCCACCACCCCUUGAUCACACAGUUAAUUACAGGAUCCGUGGCCAACAAGGAGAGGAAGAGAUCAUUCGUAAGUUCAUCUAUAAAAACCAACAACGUUGA